AUGGCGGAUCCAAGCUCACAGCAGGUCGCUGAUGCGGUGGACGGCAGGAGCGCAAUGCAAACAUUGGAGGUGCGUGGAGGGGAAAGGCGCAGAGAGCGCACCACUCUACUCAGAUUUCGUCAUAAGACCACCCACAUUAAUAAAUUACGCAAUAAACCCCACAAAUGGAUCAUGAAUGAAUAGUAUAGUUUUGUUUUGUAAUGGAAAAUGAGAAAACAUUCAUGUCCUUUAAUAAUUAUGCAAAUGAGCAAUUUGUGACAAUCACAGAAACCUGGAGUUUGGAAUCCUGAAUAGACACAUAAACUUGGUUUUAAUGAAAGGCCUUCAAUAAUAAAUGUGCAUUGGCAUUAGGCCUAUACAGUGCCUUCAAGUAUUCAUACCCCUUGACUUAUUCCACAUUUUGUUGUGUUACAGCCUGAGUUCAAAAUUGAUUUUUUUUUUUUUUUUUUUUUUUGUUAUCGCACCCAUCUACACGUACUACCCCAUAAUGACAAAGUGAAAACAUGUUUUGUAAUUUUUUUUUACAUUUAUUGAAAAUGAAAUACAGAAAUUUCUCAUUUACAUAAAUAUUCACAUCCCUGAGUCAAUACUUUGCAGAAGCACCUUUGGCAGCGAUUACAGGAGUCUUUCUGGGUAAGUCGCUAAGAUGUGCAACAUUUGCCCAUUAUUCUUUGGAAAAUGCUUCAAGCUCUGCAAAAUGUGUUGUUGAUUAUUGCUAGACAACCAUUUUCAGGUCUUGCCAUAGAUUUUCAAGUAGAUUUAAGUCAAAACUGUAACUCGGCCACUCAGGAACAUUCACUGUCUUCUUGGUAUGCAACUCCAGUGUAGAUUUGGCCUUGGGUUUUAGGUUAUUGUCCUGCUGACAGGGGAAUUCAUCUCCCAGUGUCUGUUGGAAAGCAGACUGAAUUUUUCCACUAGGAUUUUGCCUGUGAUUAGCUCCAUCCCAUUUCUUUUUUAUCCUGGAAAACUCCCCAGUUCUUAACGAUUACAAGCAUACCCAUAACCUCCCUGGUCUUUGUGGUAGAAUCGGUGUUUGAAAUUCACUGCUCGACUGAGGGACCUUACAGAUAAUUGUAUGUGUUUGGUAAACACAUAUGAACUUAUUUACGCUUGCCAUAACAAAGGGGUUGAAUACUUAUUGACUCAAGACAUUUCAGCUUUUCAUUUUUUAUUAAUUUGUAAAUAUUUUGAAAAAACAUAACUCCACUUUGACAUUAUGGGGUGUUGUGUGUAGGCCAUCUAUUUUAAAUUCACGCUGUAACACAACAAAAUGUGGAAAAAGUCAAGGGGUGUGAUACUUGCUAAAGGGACUGUAUUGGCCGUUAGGUGGCGUACUCUCUCCUAUAAAAGGAGGAGGGAGGGCUAAGUUGCUGACCCGGGCAUUCCACACACACAAACACACACAGUGGGGGCUGACGAGGUAGCUUUUCCCUAAGUGGUAAAUCCAGAGGAGGCUGGUGGGAGGAGCUAUAGGAGGAUGUGCUCAUUGUAAUGGCUGGAAUGGAAUUAAUGGAACGGAGUCAAACAUGUGGUUUCCAAAUGUUUGAUGUGUUUGAUACCGUUCCAUUGAUUCCAUGCCAACCAUUACAAUGAGCCUGUCCUCCUAUAGCUCCUCCCACCAGCCUCCUCUGAGUAAAUCUCUCUAAUCACCCUCCUACCCCUACAUUUUUAUCUCUACCCUGAAACCCUCUCAUACAAUAAGCACCUCGAUAGAUACAUAAACAUGAUAAGUAAAUCUGUCCCUAUCUGGAUCCCCUUAUUAUGAAUAGACUAACUCCAUUGGGUUGGAUCCUGUCGUUCCCUCCCCUAACCCACAUAUUUUUUAAUAACAUAAAUUAAGUUUUCUAAUCUCUUUGAUUUCCCAUUAUAAUUAAAUCCAUGAAAAUCAACCCAGUUCUACCUAUUAAAACAAAACAAGUGUUGUUUUUCUUGCUCAGGCACAUAUCAUUUCACUUGAGAUGAAUAAAAACUAAGCUGAGCCCAAGUGUUUGUAGGAUAAUUAUUAUUUUCAGAAUAAUGUUAAUAACACAUUUCUACAACACUAUAAAAACAGUUUAAAUAGCUACUUGAUAUUAAAUGUAUAUAUGUUAACAACCAUAGCCCGAUUCUAAAACUUGAUAUUCCAUAAAUACAUAUGAUAUAAUCAGUAUAAUCAAUCUGAUAUCUGAUCACUCAGAUAGAUCCUGAUCAGCUGUUUACCAGUAUAGGUCCGCCAUUAACUGAAUAUCUGAUCAAUUAACCAAUUAAUCAAUCAAUCUGGUUCUGAUCACACUGAUAGAUCAGGUCAGGUGUUCUCUGACAGGUCCGUCAUGAAGGAGAUGUAGACAAUGGCGAGGUGAAGCAUCAAUCAAACUAACCAGUCUGAUUAAUCGACCUGGCUCUGAUAACCCUGAUGGAUCUAUGUGAUCCUGAUCAGGUCAGGUGUUCUCUAACAGGUCUGUCAUGAAGGAGAUGUAAACGAUGGCGAGGCGGAGUGUCUCAAUGCGUGACAGCCUCUUCUCGUAGGCAAAGGUCGGCACUUUCCUCCGCAGCUCGUCAAAUGCCUCGUUCAGACUGAACAUCCUCUUCCUCUCCCGGACGUUCGCCGCCUGACGCUGGCCCACGUUGAUCACACGCCUCCGCUUCGACCGCCCGGUGUGUGUGUCUGAGGUGUGUGUCUGAGAGGUGUGUGUGUGUGAGAAAGAGCCUGGGCUGUAGGUGAGGGCAGAUGUGCUCCCUGUGGCCAUCUCAUGCAGGUGAUAUCCGUGUCCGGUUUGUUCCCCCUCGCUUGUACCUGUCUCCCGGUGGCUCCCGUUAACAUAGGAGAGGUCGUAGUACCGGCCCCGGUAGCCAGUGGCUGGGAGAAAGCUUUCCAUGAGCUGUUUUGAACCCGAAGUGGACUUUGGGUGAAUCUCUAUGAGGUCUAUAUCACUGACAAAGUCAUACAGUGCCGAGUCCCCAACACGGCCCUGCCUCUCCAUUUAUAACACACAAACACACACAAACACACAAACACACACACACACACACACACACACACACACACACACACACUCACCUCCCACACACCUACUGAUGAGUCUUCAAGGCUUCAGCAGCCUCACUGUCUGGAGGGAGAGUUAAUUUAAUGAAUAUAUAGUCCUGUUACUUUAGGAAAUCAGUCAAGCACAAUAAUCUAUCAUCUGAGCCGUGACUAGAUUAGGGUCUGGCUCCAUGAAGUUGAAUGCUCCAACACCAUUCACUUUAAGCCUGAUGAUAACUGGACACAGUCGCCUGCCUUGGUUGUGGUGGAAGACAUCAAUUUUCCUACCGUUAUUCCUGAUUUUCAAAUCCUAUGAAGGCAGUUGGGGCCAAAGGGUCAUGAGUUUAAUUUAAAAGUGUAGUAAAAUCCACAUCUUUUAGCCAAAUAUUGGAUGAAAGUCACACCAAUCUUGUUUAAUGUUCUUGUUAUGAUUUUUGAAUAGCUGUCUAGUCCACUUCCCACCUGAGGUUUCCAAAUCCUGUCAGGUUGCGAAUGGGUGAGUUCCGAGUUCCUCUUUGGCUCGAGUCCAACCGACAAACCGUCAUCUGUCCUGCUGUUUUAAUAAAUCCCUUCUCUCCUCUCCCUCAGCGCCACGCCUUUCAUGUCCUUAUACUUCUAAACAGAGUCGAUUUCAGAAGUUAACUUUGAGCUGAUCUCCAUGGAAGUGAACUGAGCUGGGUAGGAUAGGAGAGUAGUAGCCUAAGGUCGGGCCCACCAAUUGAUGUGUUGUUCGUCUGAACGCUUCAAGCUUUAAUGAGGUAUUGAAGAAGAGAGCCGGUCCAACCAGAGGGUCAUUCAGUCCUGUUUGCUCUCCUCUCUUUCCUUCGCUUCAUAGGCUAAAUAAUGACACUUCUACCACUUACACAGGCCAGAGAGAGAAAGACACCAAAUAGUACAUUCCCAACUGUCGCUAUCCUCCACAAGGCAUUCUAUUGCAAAUUAGUGUAAAUAGCUGCUGGUUCCCAUGGUAGGAGGACAGUGUCCACACAGCAGUAUGGGCCUGGAUGGGAAGCCAGAGAAGAGGAGGACAGGAGGAGAGGAGAAGAGGUGGAGAGAAGGAGAGAAUGAGAGGAAGAGAGGAGUGGAGGAAAGAGGGAGAGGAGGAAAUAGGUAGAAUAGGAGGAGAGGAGAGGCCAGAGUAAGACAGGAAAGGAGGAGAGAAGUACAGAAGGAGAGGAGAGAAAGAGAAAAGGCCAGGGUUUAACUAGGGGUCCUCGGGAAUGGACCUUAUUCACACUGAAAUACUGUGGGAAAUUUCAUUAUGACCUGGGGUGCAAACUCACAACCCUCUUCACAACAACACUUCAUACUAAAGAAGCAACAUCAUCCAUACAACUUACAGAGACAAGACAUACAGUCUGAGUCUGGGGGAGCAACAGUACAACAGUGUGCAGUGGUGUAAAUUACUUAAGUAAAAAUAAUUUUAAGUACUACUUAAGUCAUUUUUGGGGGUAUCUGUACUUUACUUUACUAUUUAUAUUUUUGACAACUUUUACUUUUACUUCACUACAUUCCUAAAGAAAAUAAUGUACUUUUUACUCCAUACAUUUUCCCUGACACCCAGAAGUACUCGUUACAUUUUGAAUGCUUGUCAGGCCAGGAAAAUUGUCCAAUUCACGCACUUAUCAAGAGAACAUCCCUGGUCAUCCCUACUGCCUCUGAUCUGGCUGACUCACUAAACACAAAUUCUUUGUUUGUAAAUUAUGUCUGAGUAUUGGAGUGUGCCCCUGGCUAUCCAUAAAUUAAAAAAAAACAAGAAAAUGGUGUCGUCUGGUUUGCUUAAUAUAAGGAAUUUGAAAUUAUUUAUACUUUUACUUUUACUUUUAAUACUUAAGUAUAUUUUAGCAAUUUCAUUUACUUUUGAUACUUAAGUAUAUUUUAAAACCAAAUACUUUUAGACUUUUACUCAAGUAAUAUUUUAUUGGGUGACUUUCACUUUUACUUGAGUCAUUUUCUAUGAAGUAUGACAAGUAUGACAAUUUUUACUCAAGUAUGACAAUUUGGUACUUUAUUCAACACUGUGUGUGUGUGUGUGUGUGUUCAGGUGCAUUUAUGUCAGCACUCAGAGUUGAGUGGUUCUCCUUAAUCUCUAACCCCUUUCCCCCGACCUGCCCCACACCUCUCUCUCUCACAGACGCUCUCUCUCUCUCUCUCUCUCUCUCUCUCUUCUCUCUCUCUCUCUCUCUCUCUCUCUCUCUCUCUCUCUCUCUCUCUCUCUCUCUCUCUCUCUCUCUCUCUCUCUGUGUCUCUCUCGCUCUCUGUUGUCCUGGUAGGAGGGUAAACAGUGACAUUCCGGUGGUAGUCGUGGUAACGCUGAGAAAGCACAGCUGGACUAAGAUAUGAGGUAAUCUCACCCUGGGGCUGCUGGGUAAAUAUUGGUCUUAAAUAAGAAAUAAGAACCCAAGGACACACACACACAGAUUUAUAUUAAUCCACUUGAAAAGCACAUUUUAACCUGACCAUCAGUCUGUAUUGACCCACAGACUGCUGAGCUGUUUAGACAGUGGUCAUCUCUAACUAAUGACUACAGACUGGUCUCUCCUACCAGUGUGUGUCUGUAGAACAGAGGUAAAGAGAGAGAGAGGGAGCAAAGAGAGAGAGACAGAAAGAUGGAGAAAGUGGCGGGAGGUAGGAAGGAAAAGGGAGAGGGGGGAAAUAUGGUAAAGGUUUGAGACAGGGUGGGUGAGGGGGAGAGGAGAAAUGAUCUCCCCCUUCCCCAGGAGAUGCAGAGCUAUUUCUCUCUAUGCUCCUGUUGUGUGGUUCUCCUCCAUUCCCACCAUAACACACACACACAACCUGAAACUGGAGACACAAAAAGCUGGCCUGUGAAGCGUCAUGUCAACACAGACAAAAUAUAUAUAUAUAUUUUUUCUCCUCUGUUUUUCUCCACCUAUAUAUUCUCUUCCUCUCUUUCUCUUCCGUUUCCCUCUCCUUCAUAUUGCUUUAUAUCCUGCUACAACCACCCCCCUGUCUUAAAUAAAUGUCUUCAAAGAAAAAGAGAAGCCUCAUUUUAGUAAAGCAAAGCCUUGCAGGGUUAUCCCUGCACCGAGCUGCAUUCAGACUCAGCUGAGGUUGUCCUUACGUUGUCCUGAGGUUAUCCUAACAUUGUCCUGAGGUUGUCCUAAAAAACUUUCCCCAAACAAUCCCUGAAGGUUUGUGGUAUUCCAACCCAUAGAGCCCCCGGGCCCUUUCCCAGUUUAUUCAGAUAUCUAUGAAGGGAACGUUUAUUAUUUUCAACCUUCAGGGUUUAAACCAUAUAAAUAAAUAGAGGACUAGUGCCCAAAAGCUCAUUUUAGCAUGGGCAGCGCCACUGAGGACUUUUACCAUUUUAAAGUAGUCAACUAGGCUGGAAUUCCAAUGGGUUAAGGAAGGAUCACAUAAUUCCAUCCGGGGCCGGUAUCGACAAAGCAUCUCAGAAAAGGUCCUAGCAAUCCUGUUAAUACCUGUUUUAAGACAACAACAACAAAAAACUCCCAGCUCAGAGUAGGUUUUAGGAUGAUGUUAAGACACUGCCCAGACAAACUUUGAGCCAGGAAUAAAAUCAACUCAUAAAAGUUUAUCUCAGCUGGUAAUCACGACAGUUUGAGGUAAAACAACGGAAAGAUAGGUAUGACGCUCAUUGACAUUGUUGCAAUUGACGGGGAAUAACCAAUCACGAUAAGGCAUCACCAGCUCUGAACUCUAUAGCACGCUUCAGACAACCACAGUGAAUGUGACUGUACAUCUAAUGUUGCAAUGGUAAAACUUUUGAUGUAAUUCUUACCUACUCUUAAUUAUUACCUAAUACACUAUAUAUACAAAAGUAUGUGGACAACCCUUCAAAUUAGUGGAUUCAGCUAUUUCAGCCAUACCCGUUGCUUACAGGUGUAUAAAAUCAAGCACACAGACAUGCAAUCUCAGUGGCACCACAUUCCUGCCCUGCUAGUGCUGCCCCGGUCAACUGUAAGUGCUGUUAUUGUGAAGUGGAAACAUCUAGGAGCAACAACAGCUCAAUUAUAUGAGAAAAAAAUGUUCAAUUUUAUUUGGAACGGCAAGCCAGAAAAAUUUAACGGGCCUAUUUAUAUAAUGAAUAUGAAUUCGGAGGACAGAAAUUAUUAAAUAUUAAAGCAUUAGACCUAUCACUGAAAGCUUCUGGCAUACAAAAGUUAUACUUAAAUCCGAACUGGUUCUCUAGCAAAUUAGUAAGAUUGUCUCACCCAAUGUUCAAGAAUGGCCUUUUUCCCUUUAUUCAGAUUACAACCCCUCACUUUCAGUUAUUUGAAAAGGAAAUAAUCUCCCAAAUAUCACUAUUUCUAAAACAAGCCAUAGAAAGUUGGUUGCAAUUUCAAUUUAAUCCUCCAGAAACGACAGAACAAAUAAUGCAACAAAUAUUGUGGUUAAACUCAAAUAUACGAAUUGAUAAAAAACCAUUAUUUUUUGAAAAAAUGUUUAGAAAAGGUAUAAUCUUCAUAAAUUAUAUCAUUGAUGAAGUUAUGUCGCACAUGCAGCUAACAAAAACAUAUGGAAAUGUCUGCUCUACCCAAAAUUACAACCAAAUAAUUGCAGCAUUACCGCAAAAAUGGAAGAGGAAAGUGGAAAGGGGAAAAAGUAAGGAACUUGUCUGUCGGCCCUGCAUUAAAGAACAUAAUUGGUUAAAGAAAAUUGUGAUAAAUAAAAAAGUAUACCAGUUUCAUUUAAGGACCAAAGGAUUGACAGCCGUCCCAUAUAGAUUGCAAAAGUUGGGAAGAGAUUUUUGACGUACCGAUUCCAUGGCAUAGUGUUUAUGAACUGAUACGCAAAACGACACCGGAUUCAAAACUUAGAAUUUUUCAAUUUAAAUUAUUAUAUAAAAUUCUUGCUACCAAUAUAAUGUUAUUUAUAUGGGGGAUACAAUCUUCCCAGCUCUGCAGAUUUUGCUGCGAAGAGACAGAAUCAUUAAAUCAUUUGUUUUGGUACUGUCCAUUUGUAGCUUGUUUUUGGACACAGGUCCAGGAAUGACUAAAGGAUUGCAAUAUUUACCUGGAGCUAACCCUGCAGAUAGCACUACUGGGUGAUCUGAAAAGUCAUAGUCAAUCGAUCAAUAACAUAAUAAUACUUUUAUCAUUAUUUUUUAUUGCAAUUUACAAUCUGUAGAAACAAUGAGAAUAGAAGGGUUCAGAACUUUUGUAAAACAUCACAGUACAGUUGAAAAAUAUAUGGCAAAUAGAAAUCCAGUAUGGAUGGUGUUAAGAGAUAGAUGGGUGGUGUUGAAUGGAGUUGAAGGAUGGGACUAAUAACAACUAACAACAAAUAAUAACAACAAGAUAACUAAUGUAAAGCAUACUGUGUCCAUAAUAAGUAUAUACUGUAGGUUAUAGGUUGAGAGCUUUUGUGAAAGAGCACAGUUAGAAAGAUAUGGCAUAUAGAAGCAAACUGGAUGAAUAUCAUAAAAAUGAUUGGAGAGGUUGAGGGCAGAGGAAGUUCAGGAGUAAAAACAAACAAAAUAGAAUUAUUGUAAAAGUGUCCAUAAAAUGUAUAUAGUAUGUAUAAGCUGGAAGUAGAGGCCUAAGCAUUGUUGUUCACAAAUUUACUCCAAUUAAGGAAGGGGUGGUGGGGUUGGAACGUAAUAAAGGGAUUAUUUUAUUUUUUUUAAGGAUAUGUACAGUGAGGGAAAAAAGUAUUUGAUCCCCUGCUGAUUUUGUACGUUUGCCCACUGACAAAGACAUGAUCAGUCUAUAAUUUUAAUGGUAGGUUUAUUUGAACAGUGAGAGACAGAAUAACAACAAAAAAAUCCAGAAAAACGCAUUUUAAUGAGGGAAAUAAGUAUUUGACCCCUCUGCAAAACAUGACUUAGUACUUGGUGGCAAAACCCUUGUUGGCAAUCACAGAGGUCAGACGUUUCUUGUAGUUGGGCACCAGGUAUGCACACAUCUCAGGAGGGAUUUUGUCCCACUCCUCUUUGCAGAUCUUCUCCAAGUCAUUAAGGUUUUGAGGCUGACGUUUGGCAACUCGAACCUUCAGCUCCCUCCACAGAUUUUCUAUGGGAUUAAGGUCUGGAGACUGGCUAGGCCACUCCAGGACCUUAAUGUGCUUCUUCUUGAGCCACUCCUUUGUUGCCUUGGCCGUGUGUUUUGGGUCAUUGUCAUGCUGGAAUACCCAUCCACGACCCAUUUUCAAUGCCCUGGCUGAGGGAAGGAGGUUCUCACCCAAGAUUUGACGGUACAUGGCCCCGUCCAUCGUCCCUUUGAUGCGGUGAAGUUGUCCUGUCCCCUUAGCAGAAAAAUACCCCCAAAGCAUAAUGUUUACACCUCCAUGUUUGACGGUGGGGAUGGUGUUCUUGGGGUCAUAGGCAGCAUUCUUCCUCCUCCAAACACGGCGAGUUGAGUUGAUGCCAAAGAGCUCGAUUUUGGUCUUAUCUGACCACAACACUUUCACCCAGUUCUCCUCUGAAUCAUUCAGAUGUUCAUUGGCAAACUUCAGACGGGCCUGUAUAUGUGCUUUCUUGAGCAGGGGGACCUUGCGGGCGCUGCAGGAUUUCAGUCCUUCACGCCAUAGUGUGUUACCAAUUGUUUUCUUGGUGACUAUGGUCCCAGCCAGUGGCGGCUCCUGAAAAAAUUCUCAGGGGGGGCAAUUUUUCUGAUGAUUUAGGUGACCUACACACAUUUAAAAAAAGAUAUGUCCAGCAACAACAUGAAGACAGGGGCAGCAUAUAAGUCAAUACCAUAAGCAUUUAUUGACUGAUCUCAAAAGUGUUGGCUUACAAAAGCAAAAUAAGUUAUCACAGUAAAAAUAAUCAAGGGUGUUCUUUCACAUUCCUCAACACUGCAUAAACAAUAUGCAUUUCCAUAAAACACCUAAUCUAAUUGUGCCACAAAGUUGACAAGUCCAAGAAAAAUACCAGGGUUGGUGGAGCCCUCAGUUUCAUCUUUGCCUCGCAGAGCUAACUCAAACACUCCGCAAAACUUCACACACUGGAUUAGCCGGCUGAGGAUGUGGCGGUUCUUGCUAACCUCAUCGUUGUGGCGGCGGACAGCUAGCCUGUAUCCCUCAUCCAUUUGAGUGGCAAUGUUCACUCUCCCCAAAGCAGACAAUCUCAAACAGCUAUCCAUGUGGGUCUUUGACAGCUCAUGUUUCUUAAUCUUUUCUGAAAGAUGGUGCAUGUCCGUUACACCAGUCGCUGUCCAAGCGGUGCUGUCUGCCGUGCCGCCUUCAGGGUGAAAGAGUAAGCAGGGGUAGCAGAAGACUGCAUUAGCUACAUCGCAGCCUGCAAGCCAGGUUUUUCGUUCAUACCAAUUUUUGGAAAAUCCUCGGUGUAGGACUUUCCCCCUUUAGUAGAAACCUGUUGAAUUAUUAAAUUUGGUCUGGGAGGUCCUAAUUGUUUCGUUGCCAAUUUAUCUUGAUUUGUUCGCCGACAAAAAGGAACUUCUUUCAAAGAGACAAUCGAGUUGCACUGAACGCUAGCCAUCUUGACAGUAGUACGUGAAUUGAUUGACGCUGCUACCCGCUCUUUUCUUAGUUACGUUCAUGGUUAUGUUACGUAUGACGAAAGCGCGUAAGUGCAAGCCCUCCCGGAACCCAUAGAGAUUGUAUUGAAAGCUCUGAUAUUUGAAAAAAAAAGAUUUUACAUGAGAGUCUAUGAGAGACUUCUGGGGCGAUUUUCAACCUGACUGAAAUCGCCCCAAAAGGGGCGGGGCCAUUUGAAGCACGACUUUAGCCUGAUUGGACAUUUAGUGGCAGAUCAGACGUCUAGAUUAGAACACUGAUAACUACUGUUGCCGUAAUAUAAUUGAUUAGAAAAAAAAUCCCUUCCUUUUCCCGUUUGGCAGUGCGUCGCCCAUAUCGCCCUAAUGAACACACCGCCCCUGGUCCCAGCUGCCUUGAGAUCAUUGACAAGAUCCUCCCGUGUAGUUCUGGGCUGAUUCCUCACCGUUCUCAUGAUCAUUGCAACUCCACGAGGUGAGAUCUUGCAUGGAUUCCCAGGCCGAGGGAGAUUGACAGUUAUUUUGUGUUUCUUCCAUUUGCGAAUAAUCGCACCAAUUGUUGUCACCUUCUCACCAAGCUACUUGGCGAUGGUCUUGUAGCCCAUUCCAGCCUUGUGUAGGUCUACAAUCUUGUCCCUGACAUCCUUGGAGAGCUCUUUGGUCUUGGCCAUGGUGGAGAGUUUGGAAUCUGAUUGAUUGAUUGCUUCUGUGGACAGGUGUCUUUUAUACAGGUAACAAGCUAAGAUAAGGAGCACUCCCUUUAAGAGUGUGCUCCUAAUCUCAGCUCGUUACCUGUAUAAAAGACACCUGGGAGCCAGAAAUCUUUCUGAUUGAGAGGGGGUCAAAUACUUAUUUCCCUCAUUAAAAUGCAAAUCAAUUUAUAACAUUUUUGACAUGUGUUUUUCUGGAUUUUUGUUGUUGUUAUUCUGUCUCUCACUGUUGAAAUAAACCUACCAUUAAAAUUAUAGACUGAUCAUUUCUUUGUCAGUGGGCAAACGUACAAAAUCAGCAGGGGAUCAAAUACUUUUUUCCCUCACUGUAUCAAGUCACUUGCUGAUAAUCUUGCAUACAACGUUGCAUACAAUGUUUGAAAGGUCUAUCAUUUUCAUUUUACACAAUCCAAGGUAACAUAAGCCCUACAUGCCUUCAGUUGCCCAAUUUAUAGGCAUGCCCAAUUUAGACAUAUUUUUUAACAAUGUAAUGUUGAGCUCCAAAUGGAUAACUUGAAAUAACAUGAUGUAGGUCAUUAAAUAAUUGAAGAAUGUGUUUAUGUUUUUGCCUAGUGGUUAUAAGUAUUUAGGCAUUUAAUUGUGAAAUAGGCCUCAUGUUAAAUCAUUAUCAAAAGCGCAUGAUAUACAUGUAGUUCUAGAUUAUGGAUUGAUCAUAUAUCAAUAUCAACAAUUAUUUUAACUCCAAAGCAAUUUCAUGUGGCGCAUCUACCACUGACUUGCUGGAUUUUUCUAUUUUCAAGACACCUGCUGGUAACUCUUUACUGGUUAGGACAGCUCAUGAGGUGUCCUAAAUAUCUGUAGACUAGGUGGGACUCUUAGUGGGUGUGGCCAACACACCUGAACACACAUAACAAGGAUUGAGAGAGUUUUGUUGGCGCUGAGAAGGAAAUGUAUGUUUUUAAAUAAAAUUAAUAAGGUUUUCCUAAUGUUCUGAGAACAUGACUUUAAACAGAACUAGCAUUUCGCUACACCCGCAAUGACAUUUGCUAAACACGUGUAUGUGACAAAGAAAAUUUGAUUUGAUUUGAACUAAAUGGAAACCUGCAGAAAAUGUUAUGCUGAAGUACUGAAAUUCCCACAGAAGAAAGUUGUUUCUUAAAGUUCUCUGAAUGUUCUGAGAACGUGACUUUAAAUAGAACCAUGAGGAAACCUGUAGCAAACGUUAAGCUUAAGUACUGAAAUUCCCACCUAAGAAACGUGGUUCUCAGAACCUUAUGUGCUAGCUGGGUAUCCUGCACCAUUCCCAGAACAUUGUGGAAAGGUUGUAUGCAAAAUAACCCUAGGUCAUCCACGCUCUCACCAAGCUCUAAGAAACAUAUGGUUCUCAGAACGUUAUGUGCUAGCUGGGAGGCUACAUCUAUUAUCUGAAUAACUAUACUAAGCUAUUGGCCAUGACUGUUUUCAUGACCUUUACAGGAAUUAAGGCAAAUUGGACAAAUUAAACCUGACUAAUUUGCUUAAAGAAAUCCAACAAAUUUGAAUGGUCUUUUUAAAAUCAGUCUUACCAACCAACGGACUAUGAGCGAGAUUAGUUUCUUAUAACGGAAACUUUCCUCACGCUUCCCUCCUCCUCACACCCACCCACCUCCUCAAUUUCUGGGUGCUCUGGUGUUUUUGGCUCAGAAGGCAUAACGGACUAUGAGCAAGAUUAUUUUCUUAUAACGGAAACUUUCCUCCUCCCCAGGGAAGAAGAGAUGGAAGAGGAGGAGAGGAACCGGAAAACCCCCAGCCCUGGGAAGAAGAGAUGGAAGAGGAGGAGAGGAACCGGAAAAGCCCCAGCCCUGGGAAGAAGAGAUGGAAGAGGAGGUGAGGAACCGGAAAAGCCCCAGCCCUGGGAAGAAGAGAUGGAAGAGGAGGAGAGGAAGUGACAGAAAUGACGGGAGUGAUGUCAGCAGUGUGAGCAGCCCACCCAGGUCUCUGGAGGAUGUACAGACUCAGCAUGUCAUGCCCAACGUACGGGAGCGCCAGAGGACCCAGUCACCCAACCAGGCCUUCGCCUCGCUACGACAGAUCAUCCCCACACUGCCCUCAGACAAACUCAGCAAGAUCCAGACGCUCAAACUGGCCAUGCGGUACAUAGGUAGGCUACCUACUGUUAUGAUGAUAAUUGAAUCAACCAAUUAACCAAUCAAUUAAUGGCUUAUUUGAGUGGUUAUAAUUUAAAGUGCUUUUAUGUCAUUAUAAUUUGAGGUGCUAGGCCUCCCGAGUGGCGCAGUGGUCUAAGGCACUGCAUCGUAGUGCUAGAUGUGUCACUACAGACCCGGGUUCGAUCCCGGGCUGUAUCACAACCAGCCGUGAUCGGGAGUCCCAUAGGGCGGCGCACAAUUGGCCCAGCAUCGUCCGGGUUAGGGGAGGGUUUGGCCGGGAGAGCUUUACUUGGCUCAUCGCGCUCUAGAGACUCCUUGUGGCAGGCCGGGCGCCUGCAGGCUGACCUCGGUUGUCAGUUGAACAGUGUUUCCUCCGACAUUGGGAAUAAAAAGGGGGUAAAAUAAAAAUAAAUAAUAAUAAUAAAUAUAUAAAGAAUUUGAGGUGCCAAUCUUGUAUAGAAGUUUGGGCUGCAAUGUCAUUAUAAACGGUGCAAAAUAAAUAAUGAUGAUGAUGAUUCUUAUUAUUCUGAUUCUAGACUUCCUCCACCACGUGCUGCAGGGUGCGGGAAUGGACCUGGAUUUGGAUGAGGUGCCUGGUCUGCAGCAUCCAGCUGUGGUUAUGUGGCCCACGAGCAUCUGAGCUAUGCCUUCUCAGUGUGGAGGAUCGAGGAGGACGCAUGGUCCAGGUCUGCUACAUCACACUAG